AUGGCUACGACGGCGAGCUUGCCACCUUAUUUGCUGCCAGGUGUCGCCGUGCAUCAGCCACCUCAUCUUGAGGGUGAUGCAAGUUUUGCUACUGAAAUUCUGCCAGGGCCUCCGUCUUCAGCUUCUUUGCAGCAGAGCUCUUUAAAGCGCGAUCCUAAGAAACCCUCCAUUACUUAUUCCUAUCUUCCACCAUCGGAUCCUGGAUCCACGUAUUCUGGGCUUUCGCAUGGGACUUUAAUUGGACAGGGUGACCUUGACGGGCCCCGCUCCAAGCGAUCCAGAAUCGACAAAGGUGCAACGGGUCGUGCACAACGAGCGUCAGCUCGUAAUCAAGCCGGCAACUCAACGGCGCCUGCAAUGGAGUCUUCAACUUCCACGGACCUUGGGACGAACUCUAUCGCCCAGCCCAUUAUCAUCGACUCAGAUUCGGUAAAUGGGGGACUAGAUAAAGAGCCGUCGCUCUCUCGGUCAAAUUCAUCCGUCAAUUUAGUCGACCCUCCCCCUCCUCCCCCUCCAGCAAUGCGUGGCAGACCCAAGAAAAAAGACAAGGGGAAGGCAAAGGAGACGGACACACCUCCUCUUCAUGUAAAGGAAGAACCAAAACCAUUCUCUCUUCUCACCCCAGAACCACCAAGCAACCUUCUCAAUAACGAAGACCAUUGCUCCUCCUGCCGUUCCUAUGGGUCUCUCGUAUAUUGCGAUGGAUGUCCCAGAGCGUUUCACUUCUGGUGCCUGGAUCCUCCUAUGGAAAACGUUGAUGAUGAUGGGGAGGCUCGGUGGUUCUGUUCCACGUGUGUGGCUCGCAAGAAUCCUCCUCGAAAGCCACCCCCAUCGUUGCUAUCAGCUGCCAUACAUCAACUACAGACAUCAAAUCCUGUCGAAUUUCAACUGCCUGAAGAUAUCAGGACAUACUUCAAAGACGUUGGUUCUGGGCCAAAGGGAAACUAUGUUGAUACAUCAGAAAUCAAACCACCUCGCCUAAAUCGUCUUGGUCAGUUGGAAGAGCGGGACCCAUACCGCCUCCGGGAUAGAAAUGGAGGUCCAGUGCUUUGUUUUCAAUGCGGGUUUUCUGCUCUUCCCACAAAACUUACUACGGAUGCGCCGCCGGCAAAGCGACCUCGAAGAGCGACAUCCAGAGGUAACCCCCCAGACGCGUGGAAAAGUAUCGUCUCCUGUGACUACUGCAAUCUUCAUUGGCAUAUGGAUUGCCUUGAUCCCCCGCUCUUGACUUUGCCUCCUUUAAAUAAGAAGUGGAUGUGUCCAAACCAUGCUGAACGGGUUAUGCCACAUAAGCGACGCAUACCAAAACAACAUGCACCUCCUAUAGAAAUCACCAGGCCGCGUCAAUUUAAUAAUGGAAACAUCGAAGUUAUACAUCCAGAGUAUUCUUCGGCCCCACCCAAACCCAACGUCAACGUAGAUGAGGUACUUAUCAAUGGGCGUCGAUAUCGGGUUCCUGAGAGGGUCAUUGUUCUCGAUUUUUGGAACAAACUCAACAAGCACAAUGAGCAUUCCAACAAGGAAGUGGACACGGUUUCUGGGAUGUCAUCUCCUCUCACAUCUCUGAGCUCUCUCGACGAUUCGGAUGACCAUUUGAUGUCUCCCAAUGGCCAGGCUACAUCCGAGGUAGAUGAAUCUUUCGCGGCGAAGGUGCUGUGUGAUCUGUCUGUGGCCAGACGAUUCAAUCAUUCCCACACUCGUGGCACGACUGUUCCGGCAAAAAAAGUGAUUGAUUGCGCUAUCCAGACGGACACCGAUCCACCGAAACUUCCUGUAGUGCAUCCCCUUCCAACAGAGCCUGUUAAAAAGAGUGCCGUCAAACCUCCUGCCACGAAUCGUUCUGCUGAUGCUACAACUACCACCAAUGUCAAGAUAUCUGCUUUGAGAAGACGGCGUGCAUCCCACACAAACCCUCCAGAAGCAAGCACGCGAGAAUUAAGAUCGAGAAGCCGAAAUAACGUCGAUACACCUCUCACCACUGUUUCUUCACGGAGCUCUGUUAAGCAUGCGGAAGACUCGAAUAACGGUGCAGCGGCCACCACCUCGAAGACGAAACCUAUCAAGGUCAAGUUGGAAGAAGAAGAACCAGUUUCCCUGAUGAAACCUCCUCUCUUUGACUUUCUUGCGACAUCGUCAAAUGACGUUCAGAAGACACAGCGGGUAGUUCGUACCCCGCGUCAAAUAAAAGCGAAAGAAGUCGACGCUACAAUCAAGGACACAAAAGAAAAAAGAGGAAGAAAACGGAAAGUACGAGACGACGAGUUGCCCAUUGGUGUUGCUAUGGAGAAUGGGGUUGAAGUUAAUGGGACGAAGGAAGUUGGAAAAGGUGGUAAAGAAGACAAACAGGAGAAAACCGAAAAGGCCGAGAAAGAUUCGCGGAAAAUGAUCAAGACACCAGUUCGCCAUGGUCAACUCCAUCCAGCCAACCAUGUCACUACGACACCUACUUCAUCUUCAGCCCAACCGCACUCGCCUGCUCUUUCAAUAACACCCUCCUUGAAAAUUCGUCUCCCACGUCUCAGCAACUUGAAUUUGCCAAACAACCCUGUAAACAUGUCUAGUACGCACUUAGACACGCCGACAAGACGAUAA